UGGUGUGUAGGAGGGGAGGAGGUCUGUCCUCUGGAAGUUCACAUCAACAUCAACAGCUGGAACCAGGAGCUGUGAAGCUGUGAAUCAGGCCGAACCUCUCUCUCUCCACCUGGACCUGCUCCUCCUCCUCCUCCUCCUCCUCUUCCUCCUCCUCUGCUGCGGCUGUUUAUCCGGCUGUCUGGUCGCAGCUCUCCGGGCUCCAGCAUGCAUCCUCCCGCCGGCCACACGGUGCUUCCUGCAGGGCGUCCUCACUGCAGCUAACGGAGCACUUUAAACACCUCAACAUCUGGGGCCUCUGCUCACUUUGCACAUGCGUCUUCCGUGCGCUCUAAGGAGGUUUACGCUCGUCUCUCAGCUGAUAUUUUGAUGCUAUUUGAAGCAUAUUUUGACCCAUUUGGAUGUUUAAAUGUGAGAUAAUCCAGACUAGACCAUUAUAAAGAGGUGUGUUCUCCUUCACAUCCAACUGGAGAGGUUUCCAGGAGGACCACCGGUUGCUCCAGGAGUGCAUUUCGCUGGAUUAAAGGUGCUUUUCACUGUAAAAAGCCACCAUGGUGGUGUUCAACGGGAUGCUGAAGAUCAAGGUCCGGGAGGCUCUGGACCUGAAGCCGACCGCCUGGUCUCUGCGUCACGCCGUCGGCCCCAAGACGCACCAGACCUUCACGCUGGACACGUACAUCUCCCUGAACGUGGACGACUCUCGGCUGGGCCAGACCUCCACCAAGCAGAAGACCAACAGUCCGGCCUGGAACGACGAGUUCACCGCGGAGGUCCGGGACGGCCGCCGCAUCGAGCUGUCCGUGUUCCACGACGCGCCCAUCGGAUCCGACGACUUCGUGGCCAACUGCAUCAUCCAGUUCGAGGACAUCCUGCAGAACGGCAGCAAGCACUACGAGGACUGGAUUGACCUGGAGCCGGAGGGGAAGGUGUACGUUGUUAUCGACCUGUCGGGAUCUUCCAGUGAAGCGCCGGCGGGCUCCAAGGACAAUGAGGUGCGCGUGUUUCGCCAGCGGAUGGGUCCCAGGAAGCGUCAGGGUGCCGUCCGCCGGAGGGUCCACCAGGUCAACGGACACAAGUUCAUGGCCACCUACCUGAGACAGCCCACCUACUGCUCCCACUGCAGGGACUUCAUCUGGGGCGUCUUAGGGAAGCAGGGCUACCAGUGUCAAGUGUGUACCUGUGUGGUCCAUAAGCGAUGCCACGAGCUCAUCAUCACCAAGUGUGCAGGGAUGAAGAAGCAGGAGGACACCGUGGAGGAGCCGGUCGGCUCUCAGAGGUUCAGCGUCAACAUGCCGCACAUGUUCAGGAUCCACAACUUUAAAGUUCUCACCUUCUGCGACCACUGUGGCUCUCUGCUCUGGGGUCUGCUGCGACAGGGACUCCAGUGUAAAGUGUGUAAAGUGAAUGUCCACCGGCGCUGUGAGAGUAACGUAGCUCCUAACUGUGGCGUAGACGCCAGAGGAAUCGCCAAAGUCCUCUCUGACCUCGGAGUCACGCCGGACAAGAUCUCCUGCAGCGCCCAGAGACGGAAAAAGCUCCCUCAGGGUCAGGACCCCCAGCAGACGUUAUCAGGGACGGCGAAGACAGAGGACGAUCGCUCGAGGUCCGCCCCCACCUCGCCGUGUGACCAAGACGGGAAGGAGCUGGAGAACAUCCGGAAGGCUCUGUCGUUAGACCACCGCGGAGAGGAGCACAAAACACACCCGAUCUCCUCCCCUUCCUCUGUCGCUACGGUAACGGGGGACGGAGGUGGAGGGGGCAGCGUCGGAGUCGGAGGCGAAGGAAGCCCGGCCAACGGAGAGGUCAAAGGUCACGUCGCUCCUGAAGUCAACAGGAUGAAUUUGCGCGACUUUGUGUUCAUCAAAGUUCUGGGGAAAGGAAGCUUCGGGAAGGUGAUGCUGGCGGAGCUGAAGGGCAGCGACGAGGUGUACGCCGUCAAAGUGCUGAAGAAGGACGUGAUCCUGCAGGACGACGACGUGGAAUGCACGCUGACGGAGAAACGCAUCCUGGCGCUGGCCAGGAAACACCCAUACCUGACGCAGCUCUUCUGCUGCUUCCAGACCAAAGACCGCUUGUUCUUCGUCAUGGAGUACGUUAACGGAGGCGACCUCAUGUUUCAGAUUCAACGCUCGAGGAAGUUCGACGAGGCCAGAUCUCGUUUUUACGCCGCCGAGGUCACGUCCGCUCUGAUGUUCCUGCACCGGCACGGAGUCGUGUACAGAGACCUGAAGCUUGACAACAUCCUGUUGGAUGCGGAGGGUCACUGUAAGCUGGCAGACUUCGGGAUGUGCAAGGAGGGAAUCCUCGACGGAGUCACCACCACCACCUUCUGUGCGCCAGAUUACAUCGCACCCGAGAUCCUUCAAGAGCUGGAUUACGGCCCGUCAGUGGACUGGUGCUCUGGGGUGCUGAUGUACGAGAUGAUGGCGGGCCAGCCACCGUUUGAAGCCGAUAACGAAGAUGACCUGUUUGAGUCCAUCCUGCAUGACGACGUCCUCUAUCCGGUCUGGCUCAGCAAGGAGGCGGUGUCCAUUCUUAAAGCGUUCAUGACGAAGAGUCCUAACAAGCGUCUGGGCUGCGUGGUGGCUCAGGGUCUGGAGGACGCCAUUAAGCUCCACGUGUUCUUCAGAGAGAUCGACUGGACGCUGCUGGAGCAGAGGAAGAUCAGACCGCCGUUCAAACCACGCAUCAAAACCAAAAGGGACGUGAAUAACUUUGACCAGGACUUUACACGUGAAGAACCCAACCUGACGCCGACGGAGGAAAGCAUCAUCAAGCAGAUCAACCAAGAUGAGUUUAAAGGAUUCUCCUACGUCGGAGACGAGACUGUGGCCUAGACACACACACACUAUUAUAUUUUAAAGAAGCCUCUGGAACGAGACUUUCCUGAACUUUUACCAGAUUCUGACCACUCCAGGAACUAUACCAGACCAUCAGUAUCUCUCUCUCUCUCUUUAUGGUUUUGUUGUGCUCUUGUUGUUGUCCAUUGUGAGCUCAAGCAGCAUGUGAGUGCAGGUCAGAUACUGUGAGAAAAGCUGCUUCACUUGAUGUAUUUCUGAUGCAGGUAAAACCAAACUCUUGAGUUUCCAGAGGGGUCGUUUUGAAGUAGAUACCUGGUAAAGGUCACGGGGCUGCCAGUGUGUGUCUGAGAUAUAAUGUGAGUGCAAGCGUGCAUGCAUAGCUGCGUACCUCUAGAAAGGUCUUUUCUGUACAUGAUGUGCUGUAUCUUGUGUCCGUCUCCGUGUUUAAAGAAUGUUUUUUUCUUCCCUAAACUUGUAUGUGAAUGAAAAUAUUGAACCAAUGAUUGUAUUUAAAGAAAAAAAAAGGUCUUGAAAAGUACUUUAAUCAUUAUAAAAAAAGAGAUGCAGGAUUUGUUUCGGGUGAAAUCAUGAUGGUAUUAGGAGUUUUGUCAGCGCUUUAUUUUAAAUUUAAGAGUCAAACUGGCUUAUUAAUAGUUAACUUUAGAAGGUGCCCCACCAUGUUGACAUUUUGAAAUUUUAGGUUUAUCUCAGCAGUUCUUUUCUUAUUAGAAAGAAGGUUACUGUUUGUGACGUUAAUACACUGACUGUAAGGAUGUGUAUAUAUAUACUGUACAUGUAGCAGCGUCAUUAUGCAGAACCAUGUGGGGAAAAAGGUUUUAGAAGGGCUUGAAGGGAAAUAGCAUUUUGAUGAUAAAACCGUACUUUGACUAAAAUGUAAUAAAACAGAAUAAUGGACCUGCCCUUUAACCCUUUAAUGACCACUUGAUCUUUGAAAUGCCUUCACAGAGGUGAAUGUGGUUCACACGUGUGACUGAAUGUUUUCAGCUGAAUGUAUUUGUUCUGUGUGUGUGUGUACAUACGUGGAGAGAUUCUUUAUGUUUAUUUUAAUUUAAGACAUCUUUAUGUUGUUUUUACCAGAUUGUCGAGUUGGAAAUCUUUAGGUUUCAUUGUGAUGCAGCGAGUCAGAAAACACUUCAUGGAGGUUAUAUAAGCUGGUGUUAAUACAUUUUUUCAGGUUUAAGACUGAACUGAAAAGAAUCCAAACAUCUUCAAGAAAACUUCAUGUGCAAUACUCUGAAAGAGUUUUAGUUUGUUUGUUUCGUUGUUUUCUUCUCCCCGCUCUGUUUCUUUCUCUUUAUCCACAGACAGGUACACAGAAAACUACUGUUCGGAUUUAGUUUUAGGGCACAUAAAAGUGAUAAUUAUGUUCACACGUUUCCUCAAAGUGCAAGUAAGAUGUGUUUGGAUAAAGUAUCUGUAGGAAGACACGCCAACGUAUCCUCAUACAACAGUUCGUAUGAUGUCUUACGCAUCAACAUCGUUCUCACUUCCCAACCACGUCGAAUACUGCCGCUUGGUCAGCGCCACCUCGGCAUCAGAAAACUGACGCACAGAGGCGCCCUUUAGUGACAGUAUAUGACGAAGCGGGCUUUCAACUAACUCCAAUGUAAACCCACCCGCGGCGUUAUUCCACGGUCGGAAGAAGAUAGAAUGAUAGAAGUACGGAGUUGCGUGAAAAAUAAAUCAACGUUGACUUCUGGUUUCACACGAGACAUGAACAGCGAUCUCCUGGUGAAAGUCUGGUGUUUUUUGAUGCACCCAUCCACCCCGACCUCCUCCCUACACAGAGUUUGUUGCUCUUUAUACUUCCUGGAAUAAUACAAAUUGAUUUUGCGGAAUAUACAUGAAUUACAGUGCAUUACUUUUCGUAGGUAGUCUGCACACACAUAACGGUGCAAAUUUAAAGGCACAGACACACCAAGCCGACAUCAAAGAACUAUAGCAGUGAUGAAGGCCGACCUUUGUUUCCCUUCCAUUAUUUCUCUUCUUCUCUUGCAGCAUCUUUGUUUUUGUCUUUAAUUUAAAAAUGUCAAACCGUUUGUUCCUCUCCGACCCAAAAGGAAGUUUCUCCAUGCUAAACGCCCAAAUGCUAUUUCCAAAUGCUCCAAAUCCCCUUUAGAUUAAAGUUUAACAAGUUAAAGUUAAAUCGUAUUAUGAGGUUGAUCUCAAACAGAUGAAGACAGUAUUUUACUCACUUGUAUGAGACAGUCAUCUUCCUCUGGUCGUAUGCAGAAUGUUACUGUGUGAACAUGUGUCCGUGUAUCUGUGUAUCAUCUGACCGUUGCUGUUUCUUUUCAUGCCCUUCGAUGUUUAUUUUUUCAUUUUUUACGCUGCGUGCCAAAUUUACUGUAUUUUAAAAGGAUGUGAAGAUGGUAUUUUAAGUUUUGAAAACAAAUAUACAAUAUCAUGAUGUCAGAAAGAAAA